AAAGUCUAGGGGUUUCUAUAAGUUUGUGUAUUGAUGUAAUAGAAGUGUCGUUUAUUUGAGAUUUAUAGCAAAAUUACAAUGACUUACAAUCUAUUAAGUUAGUGUUUUAAGAAACUGAGCUUACCAAACAACCUGAAUUAUUUAAGAUAUACAUGCCAUUUAUUAGGUCUAUUCAACCAAACACUAACAUAACCCUAAAUUAUAUUUAGUUGUCUUGCUCUUGCUGUGUUGAAUGAUAAUCAUUUAUGAACUACAACUAAAAUUGUAAGGAUGUACAGUUUUGAGGGCCAGUUUCGCAGGAUACCAGAGCAAAAUUUAGCAGGUGCAAGUAUAAAGGAACAUCGUGAUGAACUUUUAAAUAGGGCUCAUUUUGAAAGAUCUCAGAGAGAGGAAUGUCGAAGAAGGGAGAAAAGUUCAGUGUGCAUUCAAGCACACCUAAGGAGCUUUGCGGUACGACAGGCUCAAAAACAGCUAGAACGCAACGAAUUUGAUGCUAUCGUAAAAAAAUGUGAAUCGUCAGACCCAAAUGAUGCUACACUUACUUUGCUGGUCCAGAAAAUUUUGUUCUUUUACAACCCAGAUGUUGAUGCAAACAGAUUGGUGAUCGUCUGUCGCAUGGUGUUGAAGCAAUGCAAGCGCUUGCUCACGUCUUGCAUUGAGGACUCCCUUUGGCAGUUUAGAGUACGUAAACUUCUCAGCAUCUGCAUGUCUCGAUUUGGACCAACGUUCGACCGAGAAGUCAUGGCCACUCCUCUUCGGCUUUUUGAAAUCAUCACUUCCCAGCAAACGUUGCAAAAAGAUGUUGGACUCUCUGAAGAGCGAGCUGUUGCUUUUCUAGUUCAGAUGUUCAAGUUCCUGAUCAGGAAGGGUUACUUGGCUCACAUGAGAUUUCUGUUGGAGGCUACUUGCCCCCCUCUACUGGACGUUACCCCCACUCCCCCCACCCCUCUGGCACAGUGUAUCUACGACCUCAUCACUAGACCUAUGUACCUUGUACACCAGACAACCGACUACGAGUACAGGCACCUAGUGAUGGAGCAUGUAGCUAAGGACCUUUUCUGUAGCCAACCAUCAGAACCGAUUUCUCAUUUCCUACUGCCUGCACUCAACAACGACACUCGAUUCCCACUCACAGUCUUCAUACAGACUCUCAAUUCUGGUCACCUUCCCAUGUCAUCAUGGCUACUUCAUUCUUACCUGUCCCUAGAUAAACAACUUACCUUCAACACAAGCAAAGAGUUGUUGGAUUACCUUCAGGUCUUGGCCGAGCUAACUAAAAACUUCAACCGUAUGUUGGCACCUCCAUCUCGAGACGAUGAUGAUGACGAUAUGAGCGAUACUGAAGAAGACAAUGUAAACACAUCAGAAAAAAUUGAAAUUCAGGUGUUGGAGAAAUGUAUUGAGAUGAUCAGUGGGGAGGAGCGUGUUCAGAGGCUGCUGACAGCUGUAGACAAGAUGAUUCAGCCAGCUGUACUGCAAGCACUGUGUCAGGUGUGCCACAACCUGCUGAUACUGAGGAAACUCAACAACCACAAGCACAGCCGCCUUCUGUAUCUACUCGCCCUCAAACCACAGUUCCUUCAGCAGCUGUGGACGGCCAUCCUAGGAGCCAAUCAGACGUCACUGUUUGGCUCCCCCACUCCUCUACUCACCGUCAUUGCUCGUGGAAUACCCAUGAGCGAGCAGGAGACUGAGCGGAUCGUACCACUGCUCGCUACCUUUUGCUCACUCUUCUCACUGCUGGUCGCUUCACUUCACGAUGCAGAGUUCUACAGCGAUGAUGACAUUAUGUUAAGAGGGACCACUACAAUGCCGUUCUCUCUGCCAACAUUGGUCGGGAUGACUGCUCGUCUGAAGGAAGUCAGCCUGGGAUUGGUGGAACUUGCGUUUCCAGACUCCCGGCCCAGUGUCAAGGACCAGUAUAGAUCAGCUGUUUGUGCAGACGACAAUACCUACGCUAACACAGUCAUGUGGUCCCAUUUGUUUAAGGCGUGUGUGAAGCUGAUGCGGCAGUUGUACAGCAGAGACUUGCGACGGACGUUCUGUCCUGAAGGGCACUGGAUAUCGCAGUCUGUGACGCAGUCCCUGGCAAUGGACCGUCCGUCAGAUGCGACGCUGCGCAACAGAUCACGACUGAGACAUCACUACAUACCCUUCCAUGACAUUGUUGCGUUCACCAGAGAAGAGCUGGAGGAAGGACCUCCCCCAUCAACCAAAGAAGUGCGGAUACUCACCAUACUUAAGGAGAUUCCGUUUGUUGUGGCGUUUCAAGAGCGAGUGCUUGUGUUUCAAAGUUUAGUGUUAAAAGACAAAAUAAGCUACCAGUCGAUGGCGAGAAACUUCCUGCAUGGACCCUCAAUAAAUAUCAUGGUCAGACGGAACUACUUGUAUGAAGAUGCGUUUGACAAACUCUCACCUGAAAACGAGCCGGAGCUGAGGCUGGUGAUGAGGGUACAGCUGGUCAGUGCCGUGGGCUUGGAUGAGGCGGGAGUGGACGGUGGAGGGGUGUUCCGAGAGUUUCUCUCCGAGCUGCUCAAGACCGCUUUCGACCCCAACCGAGGGUUUUUCAGACUGACCAAAGACAACCUGUUGUAUCCUAACCCUCAUGUACACCUGCUGCACCCAAACUUCCUCAAGCACUACUACUUCAUUGGCAGGAUGCUGGGGAAGGCCCUGUAUGAGAACCUACUAGUAGAACUGCCACUGGCAGAGUUUUUCAUGUCGAAGGUCGUCGGACGACACGCUGACGUUGACAUGCAUCAUCUCGUCUCUCUAGACCCGAUCCUCUACCACAAUCUGCUCUACCUCAAGAACUACGAGGGAGACGUACAGGAUCUGGGAUUGGACUUCACCGUGGUGCACGACGAACUGGGCGAGACAAAGGUGGAUGAGUUGAAACCAGGCGGGAACAAUAUUCCAGUGACCUCAGCAAACAGAAUAGAGUACAUUCACCUGGUUGCUGACAACAAACUGAACAAACAAAUCAAAAUGCAGUGCUCAGCCUUCAAACAGGGUUUGGCAGAUGUUAUCCCUUUGGAGUGGUUGCAAAUGUUUAGCAACAAGGAGUUUCAAGUGUUAAUUUCUGGAGCUGAAAUCCCUGUGGAUGUGCAUGAUCUUCAGCUUCACACUAAUUAUACAGGAGGUUACACAGCUGAACAUCCUACUAUCAAAAUGUUCUGGACGGCAGUUUCCGACUUUGACGACAUUCAGAGAAGACAGCUGCUUAAGUUCGUUACCAGUUGCUCUAGGCCACCUUUAUUGGGCUUCAAGGAGUUGGACCCACCGUUUUGCAUCCAGCACGCAGGGGUGGCUGACAGGCUUCCGACCGCCUCGACGUGCAUGAAUCUUCUCAAACUGCCAGAGUUCAAAUCGGAGACGUUACUGAGAGACAAACUGCUGUAUGCGAUACAGUCAGGCUCUGGGUUCGAGCUUAGCUAACACCUGGAGGCCUCUCGUAUGUGUCUUUCAUUGUAUAUACACUCUGUAAAUAAAUAUCUGAUAGGGUUGUA